AUGUUGAUUAUCUUUCUCUUGGGAGGCAUCUCCUACGGCGUCUACCUGGUUCUCACCAUCGAGCCGCCGGGACCACCGCCGGAAGGGCUUCCCGAGGGUUGGGCCGAUGCGCCGAAGAUUGAGAUCCCCGAGAUGGGCCCCGGUGGAAAUCCGGCCACGAUGUUGCCGGUGGAACCGCCUAGCACAGGACACGGCGCCUAUCACGCCGACCCCAACGCCUCGAUGAGCGACGCGCCGGCAUUCGGCGAUCCGGGGACGGGGGGCGAUGCUCCGACGUAUCAACCGGAAGCGGCGAUGAACAGCGCCAGCGAUGCCCCGCCGUUCAAUGCGGGUCUGCCUGCGGUGCCCAAUGCGACGGAGGACGCUCCCGCGUUCGAGGCUCAAUCGCCGGCCCCACCGGUGGCCAACCCUGGCGGGUUCCCGGGCGAGCCGGUUCCGAGUGCUUCGCUCGAACCAGCUACGGGCGCUGCUCCUGACGACUCGCAACACGGCAUGGCACCAACCGAUGCAGCGGCCGCACAGACGCCGGCCGCUUCGUAUAACGAAGAGAUGGCCGUGGCCGAUCCAGCAGCCAUGUCUGAGACCGAAGCUGCGAGCAUUGGCGAGAACGAUUUCGCCGCCGCCAUGGAUGCCAUUCGUCAGCAACUCGAACAAGGUGACGUGGCUAAUGCCCACUUGGAAUUGUCGCGGUGGUACGACGACCCCCGGCUUUCGGCCGUCGAGCAUCAGGAUCUGAUGCGUAUCCUCGACCGCGUGGCUGGCACGGUGGUUUAUUCGAACCAGCACAACCUGUUGGUGCCGGCUUACGUGGUGCAGCCGGGCGACACGUUGCAGUCGAUCGGUGAGAAGUAUCAAGUGCCGUGGCAACUGUUGGCCAAGAUCAACGGGGUAGCCCCCAACCAACUGCAAGUGGGUUCGGAAUUGAAAGUGGUGCCUGGCCCCUUCGACGCGGUGGUCGACUUGGAUGAAUUCCUGCUGACGCUGUACGUGCAGGGUCGCUAUGCGGGUCGUUUCCGGAUCGGCAUCGGGCAAGACAACUCGACCCCCGUGGGUGAGUAUGUCGUGCAGCAGAAGUUGGAAGACCCGGUGUACUACGGUCCCGACCAGCAGAUUGCCGCCGACGAUCCUUCGAACCCGUUGGGUGAACGCUGGAUCGACCUGGGCGAAGGCCUGGGGAUCCACGGUACGAACAACCCGGAGAGUGUCGGAAAAGCCGAAUCUCGCGGCUGUGUGCGACUGAGCCCUGCAGAUGUGGCCGACGUGUACGACAUUCUGAGUGUCGGGUUCUGGGCUGUGUACGAUCGGCAAGCGUUGUUGGAAUUGGUCCGCGAACGGGCACUCAAGUUCGGCGAAUUCACCCUGGUGUCGGGCAAGAAGGCCUCGUAUUACCUCGACGGGAAGCAGGUAACGCUUUCCUCCGAAGGUGCCAAGCUGGUGGCCGAGGGAAUGCUCGAACUGAUGGGCGACUCGCUGCCCAAGGCAGUGGGCGGAAUGGCCAUUGGGGCCGACCCAAUCACGGCGGCCAUCAUCACCAUAGCCGGGGUACAAGGCAAAGAGCUGUUGGGCUUCAUGGUUCGCAAAGAAGCCAAAGGGCACGGUCUGCAGCGGUUUAUCGAGGGCCCCGUCGCUGAGGGCGAUGAAGUUGUGAUUGUCGAGGAUGUUGUCACCACCGGUGGUUCUUCGCUGUUGGCCAUCGAACGCUGCGAAGCGUAUGGCCUCAAGGUGCGUGGGGUUCUGGCGGUGAUCGAUCGCAUGGAAGGUGGACGCGAGAACUUCGAGUCGAAGGGCUACAAGUUCGACCCGUUGUUUACGAUCCAGGACUUCGGCAUCGAGCCCCCUUUGAAAGAGCUGUACGCUGAUGACCCGGCCGACACCGAGGUCACGCUGGGCGAUUACCGCAUUGAUGUGGUCAGCGGUGAUGAAUUGGUCGAGAUUCAGCACGGCUCGCUGUCGGCCAUUCGCGACAAAAUUCACGCCCUGCUCGGUGAGCAUCGCGUGCGGGUUGUGAAGCCGGUGAUCGGGCGGAAGCACCUAGUGAAGCAGGCUUCCCGGGCCGGAAAGGUCAAGCAUCGACGCUUAAGCCCCAAACGCGGUACCCGGCUCGAUGUGUUCGAAGAGUUGGUGCACUUCACUCGGGUGUUCCCGCACGAGCGACUGUCGCUCGACGUGUUACUGGUCGAUGUGGAGGAGCUUCGUUACCCGGGCCAUGGUCGACGACGCCGAUGGCGGAAGGACGAUCAGGUGGUUGAAGACCGGCGGUUGGUUGAAAUCGUCGAAAUGCACUCGCUCCAUCGGGCCGUCGACUUGCGGCACUUUGUUGGUGGCGAUCUGCCCCAACCGUUCGACACGCAGCAGCUGGCCACGGCGCUGGAUGUGAAUCGAUCGUUUGCCCAACAGAUUGCGUAUUGCUUUCGCGAGAUGGGCACCACGCGACAGGUCGGCAAGCGCGGGAAUACCCUGCUGUAUGAAUUCGCUGAUGCGUGUGAGGGCGAGAGAGACGGUGCCCCGAUCGGCAACGCGGACGAUGAUGGUUCGUUCGUUGGCGGCAUCGGGCCCCUGGGCGCAGAUGUUCGCGGUGGCCGCGAUGAAUUCCUCAGCCGUGACGAUUUCUUGCUCGGCGUAGAGGUCUCGAAAGUACUGCUGCCGGUCGUCGAUCUCUUCGUCGAGAUCGUGGUUGGUGAUGAGGUGCAAUCCCGGCGUGAGUUGCGAGCGGCGUAUUUCCGCGCCGCCGUGGAUGAUGUAGCCCGCGGUGCGAUCCAGGCAGAUGAAGUUCGCCCCGGCGUAUUGUCCCGUGGCGAAUUCGGUCUCUGCGCGAUCGGCCGCCUCCGCAGCGGUUGGCAACAGCAAGAGCUCGGUGCACAACAGCCCUCGCGAGCGGGGGUUGGGUGGGAUUUGCUCGUGAUAGCGAUUCGUCACGGCGACGAAUAA